GGAGCUAAAACCCCAAUUGUUUCUCAGAACUUGAAUUGUUUCUUGUUCCUAAAGAAAAUCGAUGGCGCCCAAUAAGCGGUUCAAGAACCACAAGCCCCAUCAUAAUCACCGCGGCGAAUCUAGUCGAAACCGCAACCAACUUCCACAUGACGACGAGUCCCUACCGUCUGAUCAACAAGCUACUGAUGAGGAGCCGAUACGUCCCAAAAUCCAGCUGGUCAUGUGGGAUUUCGGUCAAUGCGAUGCAAAAAGGUGCACGGGACGCAAGCUCUCGAGAUUUGGAUUUUUGAAAGAGUUGCGUGUCAACCAUGGUUUUGGAGGCAUUGUUUUGAGUCCAGUGGGGACAGCUUGUGUCUCAAGAGAAGAUUAUAGUUUAAUCCAGCAAAAAGGUUUGGCUGUUGUGGAUUGCUCUUGGGCACGGUUGGGUGAUGUACCCUUUGUAAAACUCCGUUGCACUGCUCCUCGUCUCUUGCCUUGGCUUGUAGCAGCAAAUCCAGUAAAUUAUGGUCGACCAUGUGAACUAUCAUGCGUGGAGGCCUUAUCUGCAGCUUUGUUCAUAUGGAUGGCAUCCCGACCUGAUUUUGACAUGGGGAAAACCAUUUAUAACUGCAGAACAAUCACUACUGUGCAUUUUGUUCCUACAGAAGUAGAAGGAGGAGAGACGUCAGCUCGCAGUGAUGACGAGGGUUCUUAUGAUUCUGACGAUGGGCUUCCGCCUCUUGAAAAGAAUAUGAAUCAUUUAGACUUAGAGGACAGUGAUGAAGAAAGUGAGUAGAUCAAAGGAUCAAUAUAUAUUUUGUUUCGUAGUGUCUUAAAUAUGUAAAAUAACCUGAAUGAUGAUGUCCUCUGGUUGAUGCCAUUCAGCAAAAGAUCCAGGCGUUUGUUCCCAAGUGCACCCGAGGCGAAUCAUUUUUCUACCAAACGAGAACAAAAGUUACUGUGUUGAUUAGCGAAUAAAUAUGUUAUUACCGUGACGGCGAAUAAAUAUGUUAUUACCGUGUUGAUUAGCUUUUUUAGGAUUCAAUUAUUUUAACAGUGGUUAAGUGCAUUCUAAAAGCAAUUGAAUUAUAACAACUGGUU